UCGGCCCCCGCGGUCAGGACGGGGGAAGGCGGCCCCGGUGGUCCGGCUCCGCCGCGGGACCGCUGGCAGCGGCAGGAUGGAGAGCGCCGGGGCCUGCUGCGCCUCCGGAGGAAGCCGCGAUGCUGCCGUUGUCUGCGAAAAGCUCUUGCUCAAAGGCAAACUGCCAGAGCCCUUCUUUCAGCUGGCGUGCGGCCACCACCGCUGUGCUUACCCUGUGCACCGCAAUGUGUUGUGCGUCUGGAACAUAGCCACUGCUCAGCCAUUAUAUUUGUCAGGGCAUCAUAACUCAAUUUCUGCAUUGUCAUUUGGAAGUAAAAUUGAUCCGCUUCUUGUCUGCUCUGCCUCUCAUGAACAUGUGAUAGUGUGGAAUCUUGAUGAAUGCACGCAGAAAGUGCAAGAAGGGUUUACACCUCGAGGAAUUGUUAUUGGAACUCUUUUGGGAACAGUGCUUCAUAUAAGAUUUAGUCCAGAUGAUCAACAAGUGGCAGUAUGUGCUGGAAAUCAGAUCUACAUGUUAAGUGCAAAGGAGGAAGCUAUACUGGCUAAAUUGGAUGGACACGUGGCUCCAGUGACUGCUGCUGAGUUUUGCACAUGGGAGAAAAGUAUGCUCAUAUCAGUAUCAGAAGACAGAACCUUUAAGGUGUGGGAUUAUUCUACCAACCAGUUAAUAUAUCAGUCAGGAAUAAUAACAGCAUGUCCUUUGCUAAGUCUGCUAAUUGAUGAAGAAAACAAACAGAUUAUCACUGGAUGUGCUGAGGGACAGCUUUGGAUCUUCAGUUUAAUCAGUGGUCAUAAUUACCGUUGUGUAGCACAUAUCGACUUAAAGAAAGAGCAAGAGAAAUUCUGUAAUAAAGUGUGGAAAUCUGGUAAAGAAAUAGGUGAAGGGCAAAAUAAUUCCAAGCUUUGCAAAACAGACAACAUGAGACCCGAAGGAUCAGUGGAAACAUCAUUGCCUAUCCUCUUAAUAGAGCAUUGUGACUUUUUUGUAUGUUUCCAUGAUGAAGAAAACACAUAUUCUUCCCAGAAUACUAGCUGUUUUUGGAUAGGAACCUCUACUGGUUUGUUAAUAAUUAAUUUGGCAAACUUUGAAUUGGAAACUACUUUAUCUUACAGAGAUUACAGUGACCUCAGCAUUCAGAUUGCCAGAUCAUGUGCAUUAAUGAGGAAGGCAGCUAAUGGAAAGGUUUUAUGCUUGAUCACCUCUAUGUUUGAGGAUAUGAUUGCUGUGUUGGAAGUUAACCUUGCUGCAUUGGUGAGAACUCAGCACAAUGAUUUUCUCCCACGUGGAAAUGAGAAAAGUCUAUCAGUUAUUGCCAGAUGUACUUUAUUGGCAAGUUCUCCAUUGUGUAAAGGUUUAGAGAGGAACAUGAAAAAACCUUCUAGUAAAACACUUGGAGGGAAGAACACAGUGAAAGAUAAACCACUGGUUUUCCAUAAUAAAAUUAAGUCAUCAGGAUAUUCAGCAGCACCACGAAUGACCAUGUUUUCUCCAAAUGCUAAUCUGAAAAAGCAAAAGGCAUCAAAGUGGAAGGCCAGUUGUGAAUGUGAAAAUAAAGAAUAUCCAUUGAAAAGCUGUCCUCCAAUCAGGUAUGAGAAAGAGGUCUCUGUUACAUGUAAACCGACUCCAAUUUUCUGUGUUGAAUAUUCUGGGGACGGAGAGCUGCUGGCUUGUGGCCAGGCUGACAGCACUGUGCUGAUAUUCAAUUCCAAUCUCACUGAUGUGCGUCAUGUUCUUUCAGGUCAUGAUGGUGCACUUAACUCUGUUGGCUGGAGUCACGACAGGAAGUGGUUAGUUUCUGCAUCAGAAGACAGAACUUUAAGGGUCUGGUCAGCCUGCAAUAAGAAACCUGCCCUAAUUCUGGGUAAAGAGAAGUUCCAUAAGCCUGUACGCUUUGCACAGUUUUAUUUUAUGGAUACAUUUAUAUUGCUGUGUUGUGGAGCUGAAUUUCAUUUAUUAAGUUUCCAUCUAGACACAACCAACGAUGACCUAAAACGGUACAAACAGAGGAGUGUUUGCAAAUUGGUAGAGAAAUUUCCCAUGACUUCAACAAUGGAGAUUACUAGCCUUUCAGCAGUAAAUGAGUUCUAUUCUUAUAUUGUACUUGCAGCUGGCAGCAACCGAGCAUUGGAAGUUUUUGACCUCAAUGCAGGGUGCAGCACAGCAGUGAUACGGGAAGCUCAUGUUAGAUCAGUCCAUCAGAUCUGCCAAAAUAAGGGAUCGUCCUUCAGCACUCAGCAACCUGAAGCUUACAACCUUUUCUUGACCACAGCUGCAGGUGAUGGCAUCAAACUGUGGGAUUUAAGAACACUGAGGUGUGAACGUCGUUUUGAAGGGCACAGUAGCCGCUGCUAUCCAUGUGGAAUUGCAGUGUCUCCCUGUGGACGCUUUAUAGCCAGUGGAUCAGAUGACAAAUGCGCUUACAUAUAUGAAAUGCGUUCAAGCACUUUUUUAUGUAAACUGGGAAGACACACAGAGUCUGUAAUCAAUGUCUGUUUCAAUCCCUCAUCUCCACAGGUAUAUUCCUUUUGUUCAUGGCAAGAUAUUGAGUGUAACACUUCUCAGGAGAAUGGUGCAGUCAAAGACAAACCUCAUUUUAUCAACUGCCAAGGAAAACAGAUGGAAAAAGUAAGAGAAAGGGGAAAAGGAAGGAGAAGGACUGCUGAGAGACAGCAGUUUAGCACACAGGACCAGCAAGGAUGGAUCUUAAAGCCAGAAGCUCACCACAGCCACCUUGGAUGGCAAACUCCGAUUGUUCCUACCCUGAUACUCGCCAACCUGUGGAGCUUUGGCCAUGGUACUCUGAGAAUAAUGACUUGCUGAGAGAAAAGAGACUGGUAACUGGCUAGAAGCAAGUGGAAUAAUAUUCCCUUUCAAACUACAGUUUUCUUUUGGUUUUAUUUUCAGGAAGAUCCUCAAGCUGUUUUCAAAGCUUUCCUGUUGUACAAUCUGUUACCUUUAGUGCAAAAAUAAGGGUGAAAGAUCACAAAAAAGGAGGAGACCACUCAUUCUGACUUCAUUCUAGCAAAUCACCACAGAAGUGGCUUUUAAAGGUCCUCUUGGGUUCUUAUAGUUAGGAGCAUUCUGUAGUGCUUUGCUAGGCAGGGAACACUUUAGUCUAGACUGAAAAUGCAAGUAAAAUAGCAAGUGUUCCAUUUUUAUAGUUAGAUUUGUUUGUGACAAUCUUAAAAAUUAAUCUGAAAGAAAAAAGGAUUGUAUGUCUUUCUGAAAUGACAUGAAAGUCUUUCUGUUUGGGAUUACUGGAGUCAGCAUGGAUGUUGUUUGAAGGCAGAAUUUUGCUGGUUUACUAUUUAAACAACAUUCUGUACCUUUCUUAGGGAAUAUAUGACAAAUGUCUUCUCUUUAAAAGAAACUAUUUCUGUCUUUUAAAUAACCGUUAAAUAUUUAAAAAAAAUUAAAAUAGAAUGAAAAUAAAAUACUCAGCAAAAAAAAGAGUUCAUUUCUUGUAUUCUUCCUAGGCUAUUUGCUCUUAGAAAAGAGUUUUUGGACAACCUCUUUUUUCAGGCUGGACAUUCUUACUCUUCAUUGACUUUAGCUAAGAGUAGAGAGCAUAUAUGUAACUGGUGAAAGGAGACAGAUUUUCUUUGCAUGCAAAAUUGUGCUGUUAUUUCAAAGUUAAAUUUGCCAGAACAGAAUUUAUUAUUCAGAUCAAAUUACUUAAAAAAAGGAAGAAAAACUGGAGUUGCUAGCCCCACUUUCAGACUAAUCAGUAAAGUAGAUAACUUUCAGUACUGUAAAGAAUGUUUUAUUCAAUAAAUGUUCUUAAUUUAUGCAGGUAAUAUUUAGUAUAAGUAA